UUUUUCAAACUCACAAUUUUGCUUCAUCGAGCCUUUUCUCAUUUCAACGAACACCUCGGCGACCAAAAACCCAAACUCCUGAUGUUUUCAGCUCUUCGAUCCCGAGCUCGAUCUUCCAUCUCAAUCGCCCUCUGUCGUCACUCUCCCCUCAACAACCAAACCCUAGGGUUUCCUCUUCCCGCCUUUUUCUCUUCCUCGUCGAAGAAUCUAGGGUUUCUGAACAUCGAAGAGGUCCAGAAGAUUCUUGACGAUGUGAAGGCCGACGACGUGAAGGUGAUCCCGAUGAAGGAUGAUUGUGAUUGGACUGAUUUCAUGGUGAUUGCAACUGGGAGGUCUACGUGGCAUGUUAAGAACAUUGCUCAAGCCCUAAUUUACAAGGUAAAGCAAAAACAAGUUGGUUCUGAUCGCAAGUUGCUUCCAAGUGUAGAAGGCCAAGAAAGUGGAAAUUGGAUCGUAGUAGAUUCUGGUACUGUCAUAAUUCAUGCUCUUGAUGAAAAGGCACGAGCAUAUUACAAUUUGGAAAACCUUUGGAUGAAAGAGAAGUCUCCCAAGCUGCCCAGUCAGGAUGUUGAGAACGCCAUUGUAAAGACUAGGCGCAAAAACAAUUCAAAAAAACCUAUGAAGAGUGCAGCAAAAUCUUAGACAUUUGACAUUGACAAAAGAUGAGGGAAAAUAUGACUUGAAUUCUAAAGGUCAUGUGCCUAAGCAUCUUUUUCAACUGUUUAAUAUCAUCUUUAGUCGUUUAUAAAAUUUUCUUCCUGCUACAUCUAUGAAUUACUUUUUUAGAUUGACGUAUAAUAAAUUUUUGAGGUUUGUAAUGGUGAGUCUCCUUCAUAAAAUGUUCAAUUGUUCACCGUGGCUUUCAUGCCUAGAAGCACAGCCUUUUUUUUUUCUUUCAUUUUUUUGUGCCCCGAUUCUUCUAUUCAAAGAUCAAAUGUUACAGGGGAAAAUUUUUAUUUGAGAGCUUUAUAAAAUUAUAAAGAACAUACAACAUCUAUAAUGUAGCAGCCAACAUUUACAGUCGAC